CUGGUGUGCAUUUUCCAGUCGGCGUUCAGACACAGAGGAAGGUGUGAGGCGCAGUGGUUUUGGAGAUGAAUCUUUACAGGAGCUUCGGAAACCUGAUGGAGGCUUGGGUUACUGAAAGAGGCCACAGUCCAGACUCAGAGUGGCUCGGAAAUAACGAUGAAGACCCUUCUACGCCAUCCUCUGACACGGGGACCAACCUGCGCUCAGAAUCUGUGGACUCCGGAGUGGAGACAGCCAGCUCUGACACGUCCUUCCUCACUGCGUCCUUCUCCACCUCGACAGACAGAGCAGAAUUAGACACAUUCAUGCCGGAGGGAGGAGGACUCACUCCAGCCUCGGCGUCGCACUCUCCCGUCCUGUCCUCUCCUCCGCCUUCCUCUUCUGCCCUACACCAAAAACUGGAGCAAGCUCUGCAGAGGACUGACUCCAAACACCUAAAGGACAAUCCAGAGCCCCUCACAGUGGAGGCGGUGCUCCGGCGACGACCACGAGCAUCUUUUCAACCCAGAAGGCACACAUCGGAUUUAGUGAGAGGUCAAAGGCCAGAGAGCUUUGGGCUAUGGACAACGCUCAACCCAGCAGAGCCCAUGAGGCUGACGCGCAGACGGCCAGCGUCUAUGAUUUGUGACAGGCAGCCAGUUCGGAAAAGAUUAGAGGACCUUGGCGAGGAGGAAGUAAAAGGGCUGAGUCCCGGGCUCAGCUACCUGGAGCAGGUGUGCCAAAUGUUAGAGGAAGUUGCCAGACAGCAGAUGCACAACCAAGCGUUACAGAUGGAUGCGAAUGCCCCGCGGGAGCAUCAAGACGUGGAGGUGAGCCAGGCCUGUCAAUCUGACUCUAAAGCUGCUGAGGAGGACCUCUCUUCUUGUCAGAGUCUUGAAAGAGCUCAGCAAACCUCCAGUGAGCCCCAGCAGAGGAAAGGUCAUCGUCUCGGACACUUUCGGCAGAGAUCAACCUCGGACACGAGCCUUGCAACGCUGCAUUUAAGACAGCUGAAUGCGGACUGCAGGGGGCAGCAGCUGAGUACAAAUGACCUGCUGGAGAAGAUAGAGGAGGACCACGAGAAGCAGGAGUCUAAAAAAGAAGAGAAUCACAAAACCUACAAGAACUGGCUUUACAAAAUUGGGUCUCUCAGAAGAGACGAGUCUGCCACGAAAGAUUUAAACAGCCAACAGAUGCAGCCAUGUGAGAAAAACUCGGCCCGGAGACGGUUGAGCCAGCUGUUCAGGAGGAGCAGGAGGAAAACUCUGGCCGUGUAAAUGAUGACGGGUGCUUUUGGUUUCGGCUCUGAAGAGGAGAAAGACUUCCUUUAAGUCCGAGCACUGUCGCUGCUUUCAAACUGAUUGCCUGCUCAGCUCCUGUGAGGGAGCAGUCUGCCAUGUUUAUUUAUUGUCUGCUACCUGUGCCUUCAUUAUUUAUACCGCUAAACAGUAUGGUUUUCUAUAAAAUUGUGAUGGGGAAUCUAAUUUCUCACAGCAUUGCACAGCUUGGAACACACAUAUCA